CGUCACAAUACCGCUUUUGUAUAAAUACAGCAACCAUCCGUCAGAGCUGCAGAUUUACCGAGGAACGACAGCUGUUAAAAGAAGCCAAGGAAACCAAAAGACGUAACGUUACAUCCUUGUCGGAGUCGAAAGAGUUGAAAGAUGCAGAUCUUUGUGAAAACACUCACAGGGAAGACUAUCACCCUUGAGGUGGAGCCAAGUGACACCAUUGAGAAUGUCAAGGCCAAAAUCCAGGACAAAGAAGGCAUUCCUCCAGACCAGCAGAGGUUGAUCUUUGCCGGCAAGCAGCUGGAAGAUGGCCGCACCCUGUCCGACUACAACAUCCAGAAGGAGUCCACCCUCCAUCUUGUCCUGCGUCUGAGGGGAGGCAUGCAGAUCUUCGUCAAGACCCUGACGGGGAAGACCAUCACCCUUGAGGUGGAGCCCAGCGACACCAUUGAGAACGUGAAGGCCAAAAUCCAGGACAAAGAAGGCAUUCCUCCAGACCAGCAGAGGUUGAUCUUUGCCGGCAAGCAGCUGGAAGAUGGCCGCACCCUGUCCGACUACAACAUCCAGAAGGAGUCCACCCUCCAUCUUGCCUGCCUGAGGGGAGGCAUGCAGAUCUUCGCCAAGACCCACGGGAAGACCAUCACCCUUGAGGUGGAGCCCAGCGACACCAUUGAGAACGUGAAGGCCAAAAUCCAGGACAAAGAAGGCAUUCCUCCAGACCAGCAGAGGUUGAUCUUUGCCGGCAAGCAGCUGGAAGAUGGCCGCACCCUGUCCGACUACAACAUCCAGAAGGAGUCCACCCUCCAUCUUGUCUGCGUCCUGAGGGGAGGCAUGCAGAUCUUCGUCAAGACCCUGGCCGGGAAGACCAUCACCCUUGAGGUGGAGCCCAGCGACACCAUUGAGAACGUGAAGGCCAAAAUCCAGGACAAAGAAGGCAUUCCUCCAGACCAGCAGAGGUUGAUCUUUGCCGGCAAGCAGCUGGAAGAUGGCCGCACCCUGUCCGACUACAACAUCCAGAAGGAGUCCACCCUCCAUCUUGUCCUGCGCCUGAGGGGAGGCAUGCAGAUCUUCGUCAAGACCCUGGACGGGAAGACCAUCACCCUUGAGGUGGAGCCCAGCGACACCAUUGAGAACGUGAAGGCCAAAAUCCAGGACAAAGAAGGCAUUCCUCCAGACCAGCAGAGGUUGAUCUUUGCUGGCAAGCAGCUGGAAGAUGGCCGCACCCUGUCCGACUACAACAUCCAGAAGGAGUCCACCCUCCAUCUUGUCCCAAGCCUGAGGGGAGGCAUGCAGAUCUGGGUCAAGACCCUGACGGGGAAGACCAUCACCCUUGAGGUGGAGCCCAGCGACACCAUUGAGAACGUGAAGGCCAAAAUCCAGGACAAAGAAGGCAUUCCUCCAGACCAGCAGAGGUUGAUCUUUGGCAAGCAGCUGGAAGAUGGCCGCACCCUGUCCGACUACAACAUCCAGAAGGAGUCCACCCUCCAUCUUGCCGUCCUGAGGGGAGGCAUGCAGAUCUUCGUCAAGACCCUGACGGGGAAGACCAUCACCCUUGAGGUGGAGCCCAGCGACACCAUUGAGAACGUGAAGGCCAAAAUCCAGGACAAAGAAGGCAUUCCCCCAGACCAGCAGAGGUUGAUCUUUGCCGGCAAACAGCUGGAAGAUGGCCGCACCCUGUCUGACUACAACAUCCAGAAGGAGUCCACCCUCCAUCUUGUCCUGCGUCUUAGAGGGGGACAGUAAUUUACAGUACAAUCCCUACCCUAUCCAAUCCUGUCACUUUUUAUAUUUAAUUUUGCUUUUUAAACCCUACUUUUUUUUUUUUUUUUUUUUUUUUUUUUUUUAAAUCUCCUGAUGACUCAAUAAACGCAUUUCAACUUA